AUGGAACAUAGCCAAAAUUUGGGAAAACCAGUGAUUGGGUUCGAUGGAAAUUAUAAGACAGCAAAUGUUGCGUCCCUGCAUGACAAUCAGUGGCAUCGUCUGGAUCUAUUCAUCUCUAAAACUCCAAUCGGUGUAGAAAUAGUUAUUGUCGUUGACCACUGUGUUAAAACUUCUUGGUGCAGUCAGCGUCUAAGUUUCAAUGGAUUACGUACAUCUUCGUUGGUUGAAGGGCCCUUGGUAUUAAAUAUACCAUCUAGUGACGGAAAUCGUCUACAAGAACUCUGCUUGGAAAAUAUUGUCAUCAAUUCUCAGUUGAUUGAUCUCUGGGAGGCAACCCAAAAUCGGCCAUUGGCUCGUGGCUGUCCAAAAUGCGAAGAGGCCUGCUACUUUACAGAUGCCAUAAAUGCCACUAACAAGUGUGGUGAUGAGGGUGUCUGUCGAAAUCCG